AUGUCUUCUGAACAAGAAACAAAAACCACUGAAGAAUCUAGCAUCGGCGGUAAUCUUGACGCUGCUGGUUCUGCUGCUGGCUCUGGAAGUGUAGGCCUCGACGCAUCCUCCAAAAAAUCCGAAGAGAAACGGAAACCCAAGAAGUUAGGCCAGAAGUCUGCCGAGUCCACUCCCGCCAAAGGCGACAACCAGGAAAAGGUCGAAGCCAACGGCGAAGUCAACGGUGAAGCCGCUGCCCCCGAAACACCAAAGAAAAUGGAUAACCAAUCUCGCUCCAAAUCACGACAGGGCAGUCGCACUCGUGGUCGAGGAUCGAGUCAACCACCCAGCGACACAGACAGUGCCUAUCGAAGCGAUGUCUCACAGAAAGGCAAACGGAACAGAAACCGCAAUCGGGGCAAAGCCCAAGCUCAGUCACAAGCCCAAUCUGGCGGUGGUGGUGGUGGCGGUCCACUAGGCGCCGUUGACGAAGUAGGCGAGACUCUCGACGGUGUCACAGAUGGAGUCGGAGGCCUCGUCAAUGACACCGCUGGCAAAGCCCUCAGCAAGCCGACCGAAGCUCUUGGUGGCCUACUCGGUAACAAAAAGAAGGGUGGUCAAGAAGAAGGCGAGGAGGAGGACGCGGGUACGAACGAACAAUUGAGACUGAGACUUGAUUUGAACCUGGAUAUUGAGGUUCAGCUCAAGGCGAAGAUCCACGGUGAUUUGACUCUUGGUCUAUUGUAUGUUGUCCUGAAAUCCACAUGCUCGAAAGCUAACGUCUCACAGGAACUAGUGCUUGAUCCAGUACUGUUGUUUUCCCCCUGCGCUGCUUACACUCCUGUCCAAAUUCAACCCGCAUUGCAAUUGCAGAAAGAGGAUGUGUUGCGCUCGACCAUGCAUAUGUGUUCUGGGAGUCUGCUCUCUGUUGUUGUCGUUUUGUUCAAAGACUCUUUCACGGCGUUGAUCUUGUUUCACAUUGGCCUGGUUCUCGAAAUGGCCAGUCUUGUAUGCCUCGGACGGUAUCGUAAGCGGUUGUAUUUGCUCAUCGUCUCAUCGUCAUUGCCAUCCACCCACGGCAGACUGCCACCCCGACCCUCGAUCGUGCCGACGGUCCAGCGACAGCAUGCCUCCUCUUCCCUGAAUCCACCUCUAGGGCGUUGGUCGCCAGAACCAACGAUUACUUCGUCGCUUGAUACUAUCUACGCCUUAUCGACCGCCCCAGGACGGGCCGCCAUUGCUGUGGUGCGCAUCUCGGGAGCAUCAUGCCUCGACAUCUACCGCAGACUAUGUCCCCAGAAGCCCGAUCCUAAGCCAAGAACAGCGACGCUGCGAAAGCUCUACGAUCCUCUCGAAGCGCGACACUCCUCCCCGCGGAUACUCGACAAUGGAGCACUCGUGCUCUACUUUCCUGCUCCUCACACCGUCACUGGCGAGGACAUCCUCGAGCUUCACGUCCAUGGGGGUCCAGCAAUCGUCCGAUCGGUCCUCGAGGGAAUCUCAAAAUGUGGGCGCACUGGCAAAACCAACGAGCGUGUCGUCCGGCACGCCGACGCCGGCGAGUUCACCAAGCGUGCAUUCUACAAUGGAAAGCUGGAUUUGACACAAGCGGAAGCAUUGGGAGAAACCCUCGCAGCAGAAACGGAGCAACAACGACGUCUUGCUGUCAGUGGUGCGGACGGCGGCCUCGCCAAGAGAUACGAGGAAUGGCGCACCAUGUUGCUGUAUGCUCGAGGGGAGUUGGAGGCGUUGAUCGACUUCUCCGAAGACCAGCACUUCGACGAAACACCGGUGGAAUUCGUCAGGACGGUGACUGCUCAAGUGUAUGCAUUGAAGAGACGCAUCGACAUCCAUCUGCAGAACGCUUCCAAAGGCGAAUUACUGCGGAAUGGCAUCAGCAUCGCACUGCUCGGCCCGCCAAACGCAGGCAAAAGCUCGCUGUUGAAUCGAGUGGUUGGUCGAGAAGCCGCCAUUGUCAGUGCAGAAGCCGGAACGACCAGAGAUAUUGUUGAUGUGGCUGUUGAUAUCGGUGGAUGGCUCUGCCGGCUAGGUGACAUGGCUGGUCUACGUGGGGAUGGGACUGUGUCUGAACACCAACAGAGCCAGGUCGGACUUGUUGAGCGAGAAGGUAUUCGUCGAGCUCGAGAACGCGCGUUGAGUUCUGAUGUCGUUGUGGCCAUUCUUCCAAUCCAAGUCGUCGACGGCAGACAACCAUCCGUUGCGAUCAGCGCCGAAGUGGUCAACGCCAUUGAGGAAUGCUAUUCUGCGAACAAGACAAUUCUUGUCGUGCUCAACAAAGUCGAUAUGCUACGAAGCGAACAUUCCAUGGAGGACGCGUAUCAACAGAUCCGCGACGACGUUCGAACAGUUCUUCCCAUGGUUCCCGUCGAACGCAUCUCCUUCAUAUCAUGUAAAGCCUCCAUGGACCCAAACUCGAUGGCGUCUGACCCUGGGGGUAUUCAAGCGUUUCUCAAGCAAUUGACCGGUGAAUUCAGCAACCUGACCACAGCAAUGACAGGCGGAACCACGGAUCGUCUCAGUCCAGGCGAAGCACAGGCCUACUGGGCAUCUUCACUGUCCAUCACACAUCGACAGAGUACCUACCUGAGAGAGUGCAGGCAGCAUCUCAACGACUAUCUUGGGGAUGUGAUGGAUAAUGUGGACAUUGAACCCGAGGCCAACCACGCAAAGCCGCAGGACUACCAUGUCGAUCGGCAUGAUGAUUUGGUUGGCGCCAUGGGCAGUGCUUUGAAUCCUGAUUUCGACAUCGUCACGGCCGCUGAACACCUCCGGUUCGCUGCACAAUGUCUAGCCAAGAUUACGGGCAAAGGUGAAGGAGGCGAUGUUGAAGAUGUACUAGGAGUGGUUUUUGAAAAGUAA